UUUGUUUGAAUGCAGCAGCAAUCAUGAAUUUCCUUACUAUUCAUUUGGGAGCUUUUGCUCUUCUUUUUGUUCUUAUUCAAAAUUGUGGAUGCACUCAAACUGCAGCCAAAUCAUCAUGCAAGGAUAAAUGCACAGGAGAACCUAGUUAUAAUUCAGGAUAUACCUCUGUAUCUCCUCCAGUUCUUUCGACACCAUUGGCAACUCAAACUAAUGUUGCUUCUUCGUAUCCUGCUGUUGCCUAUCCAUCUCCCAAUUAUAACGGAGGUAUUGUUCCCCCAGGAAUCAUUCAGGGUGGAUAUGGUUCUUAUUACGGAGCACAACAAUGUAGUUUGAAUACUAUUAGAGCUUGUUGUGGAUAACAAUACACUUAUUAAAAUAUUGUGGACAAAAAUGUCUUUUUUAAUGAAGG